AUGGCGUCAAGUAGUCAACUUAUGGCGUCAGCCACGGCGUUUGUCGAGAACAUCGUUGCCGUUGGUGUCUGCAGUCACGAGGGCUGUCUCAACGCGUUUGACCCCUCCGCCUUUUGCUUGCCGCUUGGCGCCCACCGCGGCGGUGUCCCUGUGGCGCCGCCAACCACCGCGGCGCUCGAGGCGGCCAUCGCGGCUGAAGUUUUUCCUUUGGGCCCGAUGGGGCGCCGGCUGUGCAGCUCCCGCGCGCAGCUCGGUGUCACGUUGGAGGAGUACAUCACAGGCCUGUUUUCCAAGGCUCAGCACCAGUUUGGUUGCAGCUUGGAGACCAUGCUGCAUUGCCUCUGGAUACUGGAACGCAUUCAGACGAGAAACAUACUGGUCCAGCAGAAGGGCAUCAUUGCCUUGCGGAGUUUUUCGCAGUGCAGACGGAGUAGUGAGGAUAGUGACCUGCGUGGGAGCGAGGACGCGCAAGGCUCUGCCUUCCCCGAGGGGCGGGCCGACGUCUAUGCCGCUGGCCUGCACAGCGGCAACUGCCACUAUGUCCCUCCCUGUUCUUCCAUGUCGUCUGAGGUGCGCUCAGUGGGGCCUGUGUCGGACGUCGCUGAUGACGAUUCCCUGUGUUACGCGUGUGCUGGAAGCAGUGUGUUUAGUCUGCAGUUUUGGAACGUGCAGCUGUUCCUUGCCGCCGCGCUGCUGCUUAGUCUGAAGGUCGGUGAGGAGGCAUUCGCAGAAGCCGACGGUGAGGCGCUGAGCGUCCAAUUCGCCGCCUUGGGCGGGUGUGACACCAACCUGCUCCUCUGCGCAGAGCGCUGCGUGUGCGACCUCAUAUGGGACGAGCUGAGCGUGACAGGUAAAGGGCUGGAAAGCGUCAGACGCCGUCUCGGAAUGCGGGCCCUUGCCCGCUGA